AUGGCAACUUCAGAAGAAAAUGGUAAUUCUGCCAAACAAGAAAAGUUCCUUUUUGAUUGCGAUCACCUAAUUACAUUUUGUACAAAUUUUGGCAAGUCUGAUAUAGAAGAUCAAACUGAUUCAGUAUUAGAAACCAAGUUAAAUGAUCUCGAAAAUAGAUGGCUUAAGUUGCAAACAUCAUAUGAAUCUCUCAUGGUUUCCCCAAGAUCAGAAAAUUCUAAAGAAUAUAAAGAAAAUGCCAAAACCAACUUCAAUGCUUGCUCUGAAACUUAUUAUACAUGCCACACAAAAUCUAAAUGUGCAAGCACAAAUACUUGUUUUAUUUGCAAAUCGGGACAUCACACUUUGCUUCAUUUGCAAAAAUCUCAAAACACAUACAAACCUAUACAAACCAACAACACAACAGAGACUGAAAAGUCGUCACAUCAAAAAAUAAACGAUUGUACCAAUAACCAGAAAAUGGAUCACAACCAAAAUCCCAGUACAUCCCAAAAUUGUCAAGUUCAAGCUAAUUUUGCUUCUAAUAAUGAAAAUAUAUUACUUCGCACUGCACUAGUGCAAAUAGAACACAUUGGACAAUUGUUCACUGUCAGAGCAUUAAUAGACCCUGGUUCGCAAAGAACUUUCUUAUUUGAAAGAGUCAGAUCUUUACUACAAUUACCUUACCAAAAAUCAUAUGUUGAAAUUGUGGGAAUUGGUGGUCAAUUACAAUCUGCAAGUAAAGAAUGUAACAUUACUAUUUUUGCAAAACGUUAUAACUUAAAGUUUUCUGUAAAUAGCAUUAUUCUUCCAAAACUUACUAAACAAAUUCCAACCCUUUCAUUUGAACCCUUUGAUUCCACUCAACUCUCAAAUAUAGAUCUAGCAGAUCCCAAUUUCAAUCAAUCUACUCCAAUAGAUCUUAUACUUGUCAAACCUUCAGAAAACACCUCUCUAAACGAUACAUUGAGAAAAUUUUGGGAACAAGAAGAGUUAUCAUCCCAUCCCGUGAUAUCAGAUGACGAUCAAUACUGCGAAGACUUCUAUAAACAAACUACUACAAGAAACGCAAGUGGUAGAUAUAUUGUAAGACUCCCAUUUAAAAAGGAAUUUCCUGAUCAUACAUUUCUCGGUUCAUCUCGCAUCGCAGCACUAGUUCAAUAUUCGCGUAUAAACCAAUCUCUUUCCAAGACUCCUGAGCUCCAAAAUGAAUACAAUAAUGUUCUUAAAGAGUAUUUAACCCUCGAUCUCAUGGAGCCAGUUUCAUAUCGUGAAGUAGUGUCAGAUGGCAAGUAUUUUUCCUUUUAUUUACCCCAUCACGCAGUAAUUCGACCAGAACAUAAAUCAACGAAAGUUAGAGUAGUGUUUAAUGCAUCGCGUAAGACCAAAUCUGGUCAUUCACUGAACGAUGUUUUAUAUACUGGUCCCACGUUACAAUCAGAUUUAAUUACCCUCAAAACCGUCACUUUCGGCGUAAACUGUGCGCCAUUCUUAGCAAUUCGAACCCUCCACCAACUUGCAAAAGACUCUCAAACCGUGUAUCCCUUAGCUUCUAAAAUAUUACUUAAUGAAACUUAUGUAGAUGAUAUAUUGUCAGGCGGCCACACACUUGAAGAGGCAAGAAAGUCUCAGACCCAAAUCCUAGAAACUCUCAAAUCUGCAGGGUUUAUCUUAAAAAAGAUUACCGCAAAUGAUUCCCAACUUCUCAAGGAUAUUCCAAGCGACGAUUUAUAUGAUUCCGAUUUACUUCGAUUUCAUGAAACUAGUUCAAUGAAAACUUUAGGAAUUAAAUGGAAUGCCCUUACUGACACUUUCAGUUACUCUUGUUUCCCAAUACCUCACGCUGAACAAAUCACGAAACGAAAAAUUUUGUCUAGUAUAGCAUCUAUUUUCGACCCAGCUGGUUGGAUAACACCAAUAGUAAUCAGAGCCAAAAUGCUAAUGCAGGAAUUAUGGUUGGAAGGAUUACAGUGGGAUGAUGAAGUUAAUCCGGAAAUACUAAAUAAAUGGAACAAACUUUUAACAGAUCUCUCACAUAUUGAUAGCAUAAAUAUACCCAGAUGGCUCCAAUAUAAUAUCGCAGACGUGGUUCAGAUUCACGGUUUUUCAGAUGCAUCUAAGGGAGCAUAUUGCGCAACGGUUUACUUACGGUGUCAAAGCUCCUCCCAAGUCGUAUUUUCAAACUUAAUUGUAGCAAAGAGCAAGGUAGCACCUAUACAACCAAUUUGUCUACCAAGAUUGGAACUUUGUGGCGCUGUAUUACUCUCGAAAUUAGUAAAAUAUGUCACAGAAUCUUUUAGAUUACCCAAUUGUGAUAUAUUUUUAUGGACAGAUUCAUCCAUUGUAAUGGGCUGGUUAUCCAAGCCUUCACACACUUGGGAGACGUAUGUCGCAAACCGGUCAGCUCAAAUUCAUAGCGCCUUACCCCACGCUACUUGGGGUCAUGUUCGUACACAUGAUAAUCCAGCAGAUCUCGGUACUCGUGGUUGCAAAGCUAAUGAACUUGCUAAUAACAUUUUAUGGUGGCAAGGACCUCAGUGGCUAAUAAAGCCACAAUCGGAAUGGCCCAAGAAGACCCCAGUAAAAACUCAGGAAAUUGAUAAAAGAGUUAAAUGUUUCCAAACCUCUGUACAAAUGAAAUUUUUACACAUUAAAAAGACAGCUUUGAUUACAUUUAUAGGUUAUGUCAUACAGAAAAACACAGGCAGGACAAGCCGUAGCAGUGAUAAGAACUUUAGUUCUAAGAUGCACAUUAAUUCUGUUGUUUAUGUGACGCAUAAACCAUAUGUUAGAGUUAAUAAUGAGGCAUAA